AUGCAAGAACUACGCCACAGAAUGCAAGACUUAGAGCGCAGGUUAGCAGAAAGAGAACGCGACCAACGCUCCCCAGAGCGGAGCCCCACCCGUUCCCGUUCAAGAAGCCGCUCGAGGCGCACGCCGAGCCCCCAAGGCGAGUCGGAGAGCACUGAGGAACGGAUACGCCCCAGAAGAAGAAGUCGCGACCCCAUCAUCUACGCCCGACACGAAAGGCGGCGCGCGUCGAACAGAGGCAACGAGGAACGUCACCGCGAGAACGAUGAGUCGAGAAGAACUGUCCGAGGACCCGUCAUAAUAGGAGCGACCCCUUUCCACCGCUCUGAUGCCCUCGAGCAAGCUAUCAGGGACGGCAAACUCGUCGACUUCUCCCACCUUAUAAGGGAACCAAGGAGACGCAACCGGGACAACGACAACGAGGACAGAUCCCGACCAACAAGACGACGACAGGAGCCAGAGGGUGACGACCACGGUCUCACGGUGGUAAACGUGGUGACGGCCAGGAAUACCGCCCCGAGGUCGAAAUCGGCGCAGAAGAAAGACGCCAAGGUCUUAGCGAUCUCCGCCCCACCUGGUAGAGGUCUUAAGGGUCUCCCACCUAUCUCUUUCGGCCCGGAGGACCAAUGGUUCGACGAAGCGCCGGAGAGUCCGCCCAUGGUCAUCACGGCUAGGGUCAGAACUGGCCUCGUCAAACGAAUCUUGGUAGACACGGGGGCAGACUCAAACAUCAUGUUCCGAAACGUUUUCGAUGCCCUGGGAUUGAGGGAUUCCGACCUGACGACCCACCAACACGGUGUGGUAGGGUUAGGAGACCACUUCAUAAAGCCAGAUGGAAUCAUAACACUCCCGACCUCUGUGGGACAAGGGCAAAGACGAAGGACAAUCAUGGCAGACUUUGUAAUAUUACGAGAUUCAACGGCCUAUAACAUCAUCCUGGGGAGAAAGACCAUCAACGACCUGGGGGCAGCUAUCAGUACGAAACUACUGGUGAUGAAGUUCAUCACCGACGACGGAUCCGUGGGAUCCCUCCGGGGCGACUUGGAAACGGCAGUCGCUUGCGACCAUACCAGCCUUUCUCUCAGGAAAAAAUCAAAGGAGGCGUCAGGAGUUUUCCUGGCCGACCUGGACGCCAGGGUAGACGACAAACCCAGACCAGAGCCGGAAGGAGACUUGGAGAAGUUCAGAGUCGGCGAGGAGCACGAUAAAUUCCGACCUGACGACCCACCAGCACGGUGUGGUAGGGUUAGGAGACCACUUCAUAAAGCCGGACGGAAUCAUCACACUCCCGACCUCUGUGGGACAAGGGCAAAGACGAAGGACAAUCAUGGCAGACUUUGUAAUAUUACGAGAUUCGACGGCCUAUAA